AUGUCCUUCACGGAGUCCUACUCGUCCAGAUAUCCCCCCAUAGCCAGCCGACAGGACAAAGCCGUCUAUUCAGCCGCUCCAGUGAAGACGUCCUUUGCUCGAUCUGUGCCGAGCUAUGAAGAAAUCUAUUCAGCCCCUUCAAAACCUAUUCUGAAGGCUUACGAUAUCGAUCUAUCCAUUCACAUCGAUGCCUCGACAUCCAUGGCACCACCCCGUCUGGGACGAGUCACCUGUACCUUUGACGAAGUUGAUGCCUACAGACCGAGGACAUCAGCGGCGAAGCUAGACCUCCCUCUGAUUAAUCAACUUUGGAGCGCAGGAGUCGCAGUACUGAGACCCGAGACCAACCCUUCGUGGAAGCCAGACAACCCCGGGUUGAGGCCCCAACCAUUUGUCGUCGAAGAACAAUGGGAGCAGCAGAUGAUGCCAAAGCCUAAAUGGUACUCGAGUAGCGUCGACGGUGGCCCUGAAUCAUCUACACUCCCUAAGAAUUUCCUCCGAAAACCAUCCGUCCUGCAUACGGCAGCUCCUGUUGAGGUGGCAGCUAUCCCAUUUAUUGAUGACGAUGUCCCUGCUCCUCCAAAACCUGCGAGGAGCUACACGGAACUUGGCGGAUUUUCCCAGGAUGUGCAGGAGAAGGUGACGCCCCGGCUCCUGGACAGCUUUGAGAAGAAAUCUGGUCUUCUGACCUGCACAGCCAAGCCCGUUCAGCUGGUAGACCCUGUCACAUCGGUCGUCAGAAGGGAUCCAAAGCCGUUAGAGCUGAGCCGUUCUUCUUUUCUACCAGCCACAGCUGAGCAAUCAAAGCCAGUUGUGAAGAUUGUACCAGCUCAAGACGGAGGACUUCCAAGCGCGCAACGGAAACGAUAUCCUUGGCAAAUCGCCAGCACAGAUGAGGAGAAACCUCCUCCACCUGUACCAAAUGAGAUAUCCCAUGAUGUCAGCCACUUCCGUGAAGAUAGUGGUUAUCGAUCGGAUCGUAAAUCUUCCAUGGAAUUCCCUACCGAACUAGGCACCCGACCUGCGUUAUUCGUAGAACCACAAGUACCCCUGGACUCUCAAAAAGCCCUAUUGGAUGAGUCAUUCAGCGAGAGCGAAUGGGUCAGUGAUGAUGGCGAUUUUCCAUGGGAUGACAACGGCCAACCGCCGAUGAACAGUAAAAGAUACAGUUUGGUGCUGAGGACACAAACACCAUUGCGGGUCAAGACUAUAAUAGACAAACUUCUCUCCAAUACUGGGCGUGACCAACGUCGGGCAUUGUUUUCAUUAAAGAAAAUCUUUCAGGACGAUCGUGAUCUCGUGCCAGAAUUCGUACAAAAUGGUGGCCUCGAUUGUAUGGUACGACUUGGACGUCUUGCUGAUCAAAACCAUCAGAACUACAUUUUGCGAGCGCUGGGCCAAGUGAUGUUGUACGUGGACGGUAUGAACGGUAUUAUCGCUCAUAAUACGACGAUACAGUGGUUGUACGAGUUGUUGGAUUCACCGCUGUUCGACGAGAAAGAACGACGAGAGAUGAGCCCAUUCCGUCUUGAAUGGAACUGCCUCUGA